AUGCGAAUGAGUGAUCGGGAGGCUGGUCCGGCCAUUCGAGCGAGACUCGAGCCCUUGGGUCGAACAGGUCUCAGCAUCAUUUAUGCCGACAAAUCCGAACCUCAAGUGGCUAUAAAAGCCACCGGGUUCUGGUUAGACGGGGAAAUGUAUGACCACGCAGCUUUUGCCGAGGAUACAAGCGAGACGUUCAAACGCGAAGCCGCUAUCUACGAUGCUUUAGGCGCCCACGCCCAUAUACUCAAAUCAUAUGGUGUUGCAUAUCUCCCGGCUACCCAGGAGGAAGGAUCGGACCUCAAAGGCGAGGGGGAGCGAGAAGCAUGGGCCUUGAAACUGGAGAGAGCCCCCAACGGCAACCUCCGCGAGCGCAUCCUUCAAGGCGGUGCACUACCUAUGACCCAGCGUUUGAGGAUGGCAUUGGACCUUGCAGACACGCUGAAGUAUGUGCAUAGCCGAGGCGUGAUCUGGGGUGAUAUCUCGACACGGAACAUCCUCCUCUUUGACGACCACCACAUCAAAUUGAGCGACUUUGCCGGCUCUAGUCUACGCGAUGUAUAUCCAGACCUGCUCUUUGCCUGUGAGCCUCGCUACUGGAUACCAACGACAGACUCCCCAAGCCCAAAAAGAAGCACUUUUGAGAAGGAAUUAUUUGCACUUGGAACUGGUAUCUGUGAGAUUACUGAAUGGGAGGUACCGUAUGGCGAGAUUGAGAUCGAGGAGUUGCAGGAGAAGCUGAUGCGUGGGGAGUAUCCCCGUGUAAGUGAGGACAAUCCCGCACAACAUAUCAUCCAGGGGCUUUGGAAACUGGAAUAUAGUUCGGUUCAAGAGGUUGCUGAUGCGCUUCGCAAUGUUAUAGCUACUACUACGGCAUAG